AAAAGGGAAGACCACCAUCAUUCUCUGUCUCUAUCCUUGCACGUCCCAUUUGAAUAUCUCAAAUAUAACUUCAAAUGCGUGGCGUGCCACAAUCUUUUGCGGCCCAACUAUUGGAUAUAUCAUUGUCAAAUUUGCAGAUAUAUUGUCCACGUCAAAUGCGCCUCCAAUAAGCUACCUCGCGUUGCUGUAAAUAUUGGGAAGGACAUGAUCUGUCUCCCAACAAAUGAGGUGGCCGAGGAACUAAUCACACCGUUUGUGAUGAGGCAGAGAGGAGGAGAAACAUUGAUACCACCCAUCAUCAUCCCUGUUGCUGCUGUUGUUGAUGAGUUGGUGAAGGUGAAGUAUACGUUCCUUCAUCACCAACAUCAACUCACUUUAGUCUCAUCUGGCGAGCGAAGCCAAGAAGAAGAACAAGAACAAGACGAGGAGAACUAUGGAGUGAGAUCGGAAUUGAUAUGUGAUGGGUGCAUCACUCCUAUAUCAUCAUCAUACUACUAUAUGAGUUGCGGUUAAUGCAAAUACAAUCUUCACGUGGCGUGCUUUCACUUGCCAAAUCGCGUCCCAUCUCUUCCACUCCACCAACUAGGUGAACGCCACAUGCUCCUCCAAUCUUUUGACAAUCUUCAACCUGGGAACCACCAACAUUGCAUUGCCUGUCGCGAUUAUACGAAUGGGUUGUUUUACAGUUAUGGAGAGAGCAGCUUCAAAGUAGAUAUCAAGUGCGCUUGUAUGCCGGAUACCAUACUUCACGCAGCUCACCCGCAGCAUCUCCUCAACCACGUGACCCGGUGGGAUCUACUAGGAGAUGUCAACUCAUGGCGCUUGACGUGUGCUGCUGGUUGUGACGAACACAUAACCGCUUAUCAUUGUUACAGGUGCAGCGACAGCUCAUGUGAUUUCAUCGUGCACGUUAAAUGCGCUGUUUUGCCAGCAUCAAUCAGCAGCCGUAGAUGGGAUGAGCACCACACGUUGCUUUUGACGUACGAUGCAACUCUCAACCGUCCUGGAGAUUUCUACUGCGACCAAUGCGAAACACAAAUGAAUCCCAGGAGUUGGAUGUAUCACUGCCGCCCCUGCGAUAUAUCCUUCCAUCCUAAAUGCUUUCCAACUACAUCCGGCGAGUAUAGAAACAUGAAGUUGGGGCAGGAAUAUAAUGUGAAUGCAGAAACCCAUCCACACCCUCUCACCUUUCAACUCCUCACCACCAAACUAUGCUGCGACAGUUGUGGUGAGAAAGUGCAUGGAGAGGAAGGAUUUUACUGUGCAUUAUGCAACUUCUUCAUUUGUCGCAGAUACAGAUGCGGUGAAAAAAUGAUCGAAAAUGGUGACAUGAAGGCCGUUGAUUGAUUGAGAGAAAAUAAUCUGUUUCAGAUCAUUCGUUUAGUACUAUGCCUAGAAUGAUGAUGCAUAUAUAUAUGUUGUUUCCUCUUACAUUGUUAUACCCUUGCUGUAUG